AUGUUUGCCGUUUUAUCUGAUAGUUCCCUACAGUACUGUUCUACAAUGUUCCCGUACGUGGUCUUAAUGGCAGCAUAUCACGAAUAUGACGUGAUUAGGGAAUCCGUGGGAAAUGCAGGAGGUACCGGAUCAACGACAAUUUACGACUUCAGUUAUAAGAAGCAACAAAUUUGCACUAACAUUGAGAAAUUGUGGAGCAAUGUAGAUUUUGAGAACGCUGGCAACGUCCCUCUGUCCAGGACAAUUCGAAAUCUAUUCAACAAUUUUGGAUUCGAUGAUACAUCACUACUGUUAUUUACGGGAGAUAGAGAUCAGAACGACGUAGAUGCAGCUGCAUCUCAAGUUGACUAUUACAUCAGUAACAAAUUGGCUGUUGACUUCUCGAUAGUUGUUGUAAACUACGGCAAUUGCUCGUUCUCCAGCUGGCGUCAUACGGAUGAGUACGAUGCCCUAACUGUUGAACCGAAUCUAUUGUCGCAGUAUGUAGAUGAUUCCGUUUGUGUUCCAACUUUCCACCUUAUGUCAUCUCAGAAUCGUGACCACACAAAUCCUUGUAAUCUAGAACCGUCGUACGUAACCACCCUUUUGACUACACUCCCAACAACGACGAUUCGCACUACCAAAGAUUCAAGAUCAACUAAAAUCCCGAGUACAGCCAGAGCAACAACAGGUCUCAUAACCUCGUCAUCCACUCAUUCACCCACUCAAAAUUUGCCUGACAAAACAACGAGGAAGUGCUCAACUGCACCGGCUACAGCGCCUUCUAUACCUACAUUGCCUCCAGCGAGUAUUACUAGCUCUGGUUGUGAUUGUGUUCUACAAACUGUAUGGCUGGACAUUUUCCUGCUCAUGGAAGCAACCACAUCAAUGAAACCUGGAAUCGACGCGGCUACUGACUACGUGGUCUCUGCACUUUCGAAGCUGACGAUUGGGCAGGCGGAACAAUAUCAAACUCGAUUUGGUGUGAUUCGUUAUGCGUCAAGUGUAGAGCUUAUCGCAGAUCUGGACACCUAUACUUCCACGUCAGACCUCUUCGAUCUAACUAUCACAACUUAUAAUGAGAGUGGCACUAACAUUGAAGGUGCGAUUCGUCUGGCCACUGAUCGAUUUGUAAGCUCAAAACAUCGGGCCGCAGCACGUCCUGUUCUUGUAAUUGUUGGAAAUUCGUACAAGAUGGGCGCUUGGAACGAUCCGGCUCAGGUCGCAGCAACCUUUCGUACAAGCGGCACAAUAAUUACUAUAGAAUAUGUGCAACAACACGGACUGCAGGUGCCAAUAUUGAGAUCAAUAGCAUCUCCCAACUAUAAUUUGACAAAUCAAAAAGAUGAUGGGUCACAGCUGCGAGCAGAUGAGUUACGGAAUUUGCUUUGUGAAGUUAGUAUGUUUGAAGAAUUUAAAUGCAAGGAUGUUCCCGUAUAUUUUCAGCAGUUAGCUCACCGCACAUGUUUUGAUGAUCAUAACUCUUCCUUAACGCUGGUCGAGGAUGCUGCCAAGGAUGCAUUUUUGAGGACAAUUUUCCCUGCAAAAACAAUGUUCUGGUUGGGUUUGACAAAUGAUGGGAAUGGAUGGCAAUGGCCUGGAGGAUAUUCGCUUGGAUUCUCAAACUGGGGUCCAAAUCAACCAGCGGUUGGCAAAUGUGCAUAUAUGCAACAAUACUCCGGGUUUAAGUUCGCUUGGUUCUCAGACGACUGCACCAACGAUCACUACUACAUUUGUCAGUCGAAGCCAUGUGACUCGACAAGCCGUUCUCAUCUUGCGCAAAUGAUGGCGCGGAAGAGUAGCAUUAGUGGAUAUCUACGAAGUGUGGGAGUUGGUGUAGUGGCUGGGUCUUCCAAUGCCAGUGAAAUAGUAACGGGACCAAUGUCUUAUAUGCAGAAGUUUUACGUUGACACUGUGGAACCCGAUCGCGCAACCACUGCCUGGUCGAAAGAGGAAAGCGAAGAAGUAUGGCCAACGUUCAUUUUGAAGGCACACAUGCUGAGAAGUGCUGAGGAGCUGUUGUUGCAAUCGUUUGUAAUCGUUACCUAUGUGCCUAUGGAUACAUCGAGAGAGAAGUUCUUGGUGCCGAAAAUUGUGGUCAAGCUGUCAGAAUACUUGUUCAGAAAUAAGUGA